GCACCUUAGUAGUAAAUUUGUAAUAAUCAUAACCAACGAGGCUUACCCCAUUUAUGUCUCCAUUAUUGAAGUAAUAAAUAUUCCAGCCAGGUGACGUAAUCGCAGUUGGAUAAGAUUUUGGUAAAACCGCUGGAGGGAAGAGAGGUCGAGGGCUGUAGGGUUGGGGAGGCUGAGGCGACGGGAGCGAGCGAGAGAGCUAUUCCUUCCAUUGCCUCCAGAGAUCGAUUGGCGAAGCCUUCAUCGUCCUCCUCGUCCUCAAUUCGUGCGUCUUGAUCAUGGGCAGGGGGAAGUUUAAAGGGAAGCCUACGGGACGCAGGAACUUCUCCACCCCUGAAGAGAUGAUUGCAGGUACCUCAGCUCGUCCUCGCACCUUUAAACAGGAGGAGGCUGAAGACAAAGAAGAGGGAACUGAAGAGGAAGCUGAAGAUGAUUCUGGAGAAGAGACUGAGAGAAGGAAAGGCAUUGAGGGCAUUAUUCAGAUUGAGAAUCCAAACUUGGUAAAACCAAAGAUUAUGAAAGCUAAAGAAGUUGACUUGGAGAAGACAACUGAACUCUCAAGGCGUGAAAGGGAGGAGAUAGAGAAACAAAAAGCUCAUGAGCGAUACAUGAGGCUGCAGGAGCAGGGAAAAACGGAACAAGCUAGAAAGGAUCUAGAACGUCUAGCCUUAAUACGACAACAAAGAGCCGAAGCUGCAAAAAAGCGAGAAGAGGAAAAAGCUGCCAAGGAACAGAAGAAGGCCGAAGCUCGCAGGUGAUUGCACCUUUGCUAAAGAAAGAUGCUUGUCACCACAAAAAUUUGCUUUUAGAGUCAUCUGAACCAUCUUUGUUUGUCAAGUGCAACAUAAAUCAGUAUGCUUUAUUUGACUUUCAAUAACUAUGCUUUUCCACCUGGGUCUCUCUCUAUUAUUUAUUGAGAGCAGAAGAAACCGAAGUCAGUAAUUAGUGCAGAAAGGGUAGUUGUUGAAAAUGAUAUCAAAAUAUAAUUGACCAGUAAGUUAAAUUUGGAAGGUGCUGUCCUAUGUGCUCUUGGUGAUGCUUCACAUGUUCUGUUAGAGAAUUUAAAUGUGUUCUCCU